AUGGCCUCUUCCACUCAUGGGUCCGUGUCUACACACGCGAACCCCGAUCGCAUUGUACCUAUGCGCGUCAUCGUCUGUGGCGUUCAUCGCACAGGCACGCUGAGUAUUAGAAACGCCCUCUGGCAGCUUGGUUUCCACGACUGCUACCACAUGCAAACACUCAUCAAGGACCCAUCUCGCGCCCCAGAAUGGAUCCGUGCUUUCGAAGCAAAGUACGCCGGACAAGGCUCCUUCACCCGUGCUGACUGGGACCGUCUUCUCGGCGACUGCCAAGCCGUGUGCGACGUUCCAGCUGCUUUCUUCGGCGCCGAAUUAGCGGAGCUCUACCCCGAAGCCAAAGUCAUCAUCCUCAACCGUGAUCCUGAGAAGUGGUACGAGAGUGUGCUGAACAGCAUUUACUUGUUGACGUCCCCCAAGGAUAUCUGGACUAAGCUGAGCAUGAUUUACUGCUUUUUGCUGGAUUCAAACAUUCAGUACAUGGCAAAGUAUAGCAAAUCUAUGAAAUCGCUAGUACAAAAGUACGAUCACGGGAAUGAGAAGGACAAGGCCUUGGAGUGGUACAAGGCGCAGUACCAAGAGUUUCGCGACCGUAUCCCUGAAGAGCGUCGCUUCGAGUACACCAUCACUGAGGGAUGGGCGCCGCUGUGCGAGUACUUGGAUGUUCCCGUGCCCGAGGUUGAGGAUCCAGAGACUGGUAAAAAGGUUGUUGCACCAUUUCCCCACCUCAACGACGGCGAGACGUUCCGUAAGAAUAGUGUAGUUAUGAGGAAGAAGAGCAAGGAGAGAGCAAACCAGAAUUUGCUUUCUGCUGUGGGAAGAUUGGCUUUGACUGGGGUUGUGGGAUAUGCUGGAUACCUUGCAUGGAAGACUCGACUUGGAGGACGAGUGUAG